GCUUGAAGGCAAGGCUUUCGGAUUACAGGCCGUCACAAUUCCCUCAGAAAUUCCCGUUCGCGACGCUGCGAAGCUGGGAAAGCGAAGAGCGUCUGGCGACAAACCACCGACUCGACCGGAGAAAAAGAUCAUGACGGACGUCAAGAUGCAGGUAGAUAGCCCUCAGGAAACCGUGGAAAAGAUCAAGCAGGGGGAGAUUGAUGAAUCUUUAUACAGUCGACAGCUAUAUGUCCUUGGUCAUGAGGCUAUGAAGCGUAUGGGCACUUCGAACGUUCUCGUUGUCGGACUUAAAGGUCUUGGUGUUGAGAUUGCCAAGAACAUUGCUCUCGCCGGUGUGAAGUCCCUUACUUUGUACGAUCCCGCGCCCGUUGCCAUUUCAGACCUUUCCUCCCAGUUCUUCCUUGAGCCCCAGGAUGUCGGUAAACCACGUGCCGAAGUGACGGCCCCCAAGGUCGCGGAGCUUAAUUCAUACGUCCCCGUAACGGUCCACGAAGGUGGUAACCUUGUCGAUAAUCUGGAGCAACUGAAGCGUUAUCAGGCAGUAGUACUUACCCUCACGCCGCUGAAGGACCAACUUGCUAUUGCGGACUUCUGCCACAAGAACGGCAUCUACGUCACUAUUGCCGACACCUUCGGUCUUUUCGGAUACCUAUUCAACGACUUUGGAAAGAACUUCACCAUCGGCGAUGCUACAGGUGAAGAGGCCGUGGGCGGCAUUGUAGCCAGCAUUGAUGAGGACGGUCUGGUUUCUGCUCUUGAUGAAAGCCGCCAUGGUUUAGAGGAUGGUGACUUUGUGACGUUCACCGAGGUGAAGGGGAUGGAAGGUCUGAAUGGCUCUGCCCCUCGUAAGGUUACCGUUAAGGGUCCUUACACAUUUUCUAUCGGCGAUGUCUCUGGCCUUGGUACAUAUGAGUCUGGCGGCAUCUUCACACAAGUUAAGAUGCCUAAGUUUGUCGACUUCCAGAGCUUGGAGGAGCAGCUCAAGAAGCCUGAGCUUAUGAUCUCGGACUUCGCCAAGUUCGACCGCCCGCAACAGCUACACAUCGGUAUCCAGGCACUUCACAAAUUUGCGGAGGGCCAUGAUGGCCAGCUGCCUCGUCCUCACAACGAGAGCGAUGCCCAGGAGGUUCUCAAGAUCUCCAACGACCUAGCCUCGAGCCAAGAAGAUAAGGUCGAAUUGGAUGAGAAGCUCAUUAAAGAACUCAGUUAUCAGGCACGUGGAGAUCUCAGCCCCUUGGCCGCCUUCUUUGGUGGUGUCACAGCACAGGAAGUUCUCAAGGCUGUUUCUGGAAAAUUCAGCCCCGUUAAUCAGUGGCUGUACUUGGACUCGCUCGAGUCGCUCCCAGCCUCUACUACACGGUCUGAAGAGAGCUGUAAACCACUUGGAACUCGGUAUGAUGGCCAGAUUGCCGUCUUUGGCAAGGAGUUCCAGGACAAGAUUGCCAACACUACCCAGUUCCUUGUUGGCGCAGGCGCUAUCGGAUGUGAAACCCUAAAGAACUGGGCUAUGAUGGGUUUGGGAACUGGUCCUAAGGGCAAAAUCUAUGUUACCGAUAUGGAUCAGAUUGAGAAGAGCAACCUCAACCGCCAGUUCCUAUUCCGUAGUAAGGAUGUGGGCAAGCUUAAGAGUGAGUGUGCCUCUGCUGCAGUUCAGGCCAUGAACCCUGAACUAGAGGGCAAAAUCGUCGCGUUGCGGGACCGUGUGGGGCAAGACACUGAACAUAUCUUCAACGAGGAGUUCUGGGAAGGGUUGGACGGAGUUACUAACGCGCUGGACAACGUUGAUGCGAGAACCUACGUUGAUCGUCGAUGUGUUUUCUUCCGUAAGCCUCUCCUCGAGAGUGGCACUCUCGGCACGAAGGGUAACACCCAAGUUAUCCUUCCGCAUAUCACAGAAUCCUACUCCAGCUCUCAAGAUCCUCCCGAGAAGUCCUUCCCCAUGUGCACUUUAAGAAGUUUCCCCAACCGGAUCGAGCACACCAUUGCCUGGUCCAGGGAUCUUUUCCAGACCUACUUUGUUGGGCCUCCUGAGUCUGUCAAUAUGUAUCUGUCACAGCCAAACUACAUUGAGCAAACGCUCAAGCAGGCUGGCAAUGAAAAGCAAACCCUGGAGCAGCUGCAUGAUUUCUUGGUGGCCAAUAAGCCAUUGACAUUUGACGAUUGCAUUGUCUGGGCUCGCCAGCAAUUUGAAGCUCAGUACAACAAUGCAAUCCAGCAAUUAUUGUACAACUUCCCUCGGGACUCCAAGACUUCUUCUGGUCAGCCUUUCUGGUCCGGGCCCAAGCGUGCCCCAACACCUCUGAAGUUUGAUAGCUCGAACCCAACCCACCUCGGGUUCAUCGUCGCCGGAGCAAAUCUCCAUGCUUUCAAUUAUGGAAUUAAAAACCCCGGAUUCGAUAAGGACUACUACCGCAAGGUUGUCGACAAUAUGAUCAUCCCUGAAUUCUCUCCCAAGUCCGGCGUGAAAAUCCAGGCCGAUGAGAACGAGGCUGAUCCGAAUGCUGGAAACGCCGGCUCAUCUUUUGAUGAUAACGAGGAGAUCCAGCGCCUGAUUGAUUCGCUGCCUUCGCCGAAGUCACUUGCUGGAUUCCGCUUGAACCCAGUCGAGUUUGAGAAAGAUGACGACACCAACCAUCAUAUCGACUUUAUUACGGCGGCUAGCAAUCUCCGUGCCGAUAACUACGAUAUUCCCCAGGCUGACCGUCAUAAGACUAAGUUCAUUGCUGGCAAGAUCAUUCCUGCUAUUGCCACGACUACCGCGCUGGUCACUGGACUGGUUGCCCUGGAGUUCUACAAGAUUAUCGACGGCAAGGAUGAUAUUGAACAGUACAAGAACGGCUUCGUAAACCUUGCACUUCCGUUCUUUGGCUUCAGUGAACCUAUCCCUAGUCCCAAGGGCAAAUACCAGGGCAAGGAUGGCGAAGUGACCAUUGAUCAACUUUGGGAUCGCUUUGAGGUCGAGGACAUUCCUUUGCAGGACUUCCUCAAGCACUUCGCCGACAAGGGCUUGGAAAUCAGCAUGGUUAGUUCCGGGGUGAGCUUGCUGUAUGCCAGUUUCUAUCCCCCGUCGAAGGUCAAGGACCGUCUCCCAUUAACGAUGAGCAAAUUGGUGGAGCAUAUCAGCAAGAAACCUGUUCCAGAGCACCAAAAGAACAUCAUCUUUGAAGUCACGGCCGAAGACCAAACGGAGGAGGAUGUAGAGAUUCCAUAUGUAAUGGUGAAGCUGAGGAAGUAAACUACGGGAUCUACUUAAAACUCCAUUGAAAGCUAGACAUCUGAUACAUC